UAUCUGGCAUCGCUGGUUGAGUUACGAGCGUCGGUCGUUUCGGUUGUGUGAAUACGUUUUGUAAGUGCUGUUUUCCGAUUGCUGAGUGAUCUUCAUUGCUGAGAAGUUGUUUUGUAUAUUGCUUCUUCCUGUUCUCGUGUCGCCUCUUCCUAGUGCCGUUGGAAUUGUGCUGCGGUGCUCGAUAAAUUAAGAAAAAAUCAGUGAAAUUCUAGAUAUUUGAGCAUAUUUUGUUGAACCAAUUGAUGUGAAGUGAUUGUUGAACUGUUUGAAACAAGUGGAAAAAGCGGAAGGAUAUUUUCAAAUCACUUUUCAUUGGAUUAUCCGGAAUCAAGUCCGUCAACGGGAAGCAACGGAAAAUAACGUAGCAAAAGGAAUUAUACCCAGUAGUAACUCGACACGAAUUCCUCCGGCAAACGAAAGAUAGCAUCACUAUCCUUACCAGUGGCGAUGUCCUUGCAGGUGCAAACAAGUCAACAGCCACCAUCCGGGCGACGUACACCGCAAAUAUACCCGAACUUUGGAACAGGUUCGCCUAACACAACGACGACGGGGACGACGCCGCCUGCAUCCAGUAACAAUGGAAACAGUAAAUCGUCUUCCAAACUGUCGCUGAAAGCCGGCACAGACAAGCAGCCAGUUGCGGAGGUUGCAUCCACUGCUGCCGCCAGGGAAUCGCCGACGACCGGAAAGGAUAAAUCAUCGAGCCUAGUGGUGUCCGUGGCGAAAUUGAAUUCCAGCUCGAAGGUUACCACUGAACAGGAAAAAGAUGAAAAGUUGACUGCGACCAAUGGAAGCUCUAAUGGCGAGCACAACGGAAAGGAAAGCAAUGGUAAAGGCGAAGAUACCGUUGUUGCAGUGGUCACCCCGACCAAGCCAACUUCGGAGCCACUGACCAAAAAAGAGGAUGAGAAAGAGAAGAAAAUCAAACAGAGUCCCAAAGCGAGCCCACGUUCGACUCCUCAGAAGCAACAAACCGCCGAAUCAGCGGCUGCAGAUCAAAUUAAAAUCACUGAGAAAAAAUCCAAGGAGUCCCCUUUGGUCACUCCGGAUCAGAAGAAGCGAGAAAAGCUUACCGUGGACAACUCAAUGCUUUCGGAGAAACCUCUCAAGGGCUUCACCGCCGAUGGGGAAGAGAUGGAAUCGUUGGUCGUUGAACCAUCCGAGUACGAGGAUUCCCCGAUGCCACCACGCACCGGUGGGAAAUCAAAGCUACUGAAAUACACAGGUGUACCACUGAGCCGGGCUCGUAUCAGUCCGUAUCGAGUACACGAGAUCACAAGCAAUGCCAGCACCGUCGUCAAUUUGAGCACUGUAAGCGAGGGUCAAGUCAGUGCCCCUGAGUCGAACGAAGCGUCGCCAGUCGGUGACUUUAACCGUCCACUGCGCACUAUUUCGGGAAGACGUUCCACUCGUCCUCUCACAGACAUCCAGUUCACGUAUCGUAAAUCCACCGAGCUCAAUGAUUCUACUUCCAGCAUGAAUGUCACCAUCGGCUCGGAAAUUCAUAACGACAGUCUGCGCACUCCGGCACCGGGUUCCUCUCGCAAACGUAAAGCAAUGACACCGGAGUCCACUUCCGAUGCCCUCGAUGUUAAGGAAAUUAUCGACAGUCCCAAACGGGGUCGGUUGGAUUUCAGCGGAUUGCUCGGUUUCGUGUCCAGCCCGGUAACACUGCUCAAAAAUCGACUGUCGCGAGUUAGAUUACACGCCAGCACUCCUGUUGCCAAGCGUAACCUGGACGAAGAACAUCUGUCCGGUGAAGUCAUCACGGCUGAAGCUACCACCACAACUGCCAACAUCUCCGGAGAAAAUGCCAAAAUGGAAGUGGAAGGCAUUGACGAGGAGAAGAAAGUCGAAGAGGUCGAGAAAAUUGGCGAUGGAGAACAAACGGCGGAGAAGGUGGGAGCGAGCGAGCUUCCUGAAAACACAACGGAAGGAACAGGUUCCGGCGACGGAGAUGAUAGCGAAACGGUGGUGGUCAGAGAUGUUACCGAUAAGCAGAGACAGUUUUGUGUUGUUAUGUAAAAUCUGUCCAUAAUCAUACGUCUCUCAUUUCCAACGUAAUAUCCAUUCAUUGCUGUCUUAAGUUUUGUAUUGUAGUUAUUUUUUUUUAUUUCCAAUUAAUUUUGGUUACUCCUUGCCUGGAUGAAAGCUACUGCGUCUGCAAAUAAAGGAGCAGAUGGAAUUUCACUUUUAGAUGUUGCCCUUUAUCGAAAGAAUGCGUUCUUUCAUAAAAUACCACAAAUAAAACAAAUUUUUAGUUUGUCCUCAUAAACUUAUGUUUAUUUUCCUACCGGAAAUUACUUUAUUACUAUACGAUUAUUUUGUUUUAUAAAAUAGGACUUGCAUCCACUGCGCACUGGAUAUUAUUUUCACUUGACCUACUUCUAUUGUGAGUAGAAACGUUGAAUGAAUUGGAAAUUUUUUAUCCUCAACAAGGAUUUUUAGGAGAAAUAAAUCUAAUCUCACGAUUAAAAUUCUCUAAAGUCGUUUCUUAGAUGUAGUAAGAGAACUUAAAUGACAGAAUACAUUAUUAUACAUAAUCAACAGAACAAAUAAGUGAGCGAAACUAAACAAUAUGAUAACCCUAUCUAAUAUAAAUGGAAAACUAGCUCAGUCAAGAAAAUGAACGAUGAAAUAAAUUACAAAAAAACUGUAAAACAAGUAAAAUUGCAAUAAAAAUGAAAAAUAAAAAUUUUU